CUUCAACUCGGAAUUUCGCAAGAUGGCUCCUCGGCGCAGCAAGAAGGGCAAGGCCAAGAAGACCGACGUGUACGAGCACGACGACGACGAGGCCACGGAGGCCCGCGAGGCCGCGCGCAUGGAGAUCGACGGCGUCUACGAGUACGAGGCGCCGGCCAAGAUCGCCCGCGAGGACGACUCGGAGAUCGACGAGGACGGCGCGUUUGACUCGGAGGAUGACGCAACCUUUGGCUCGUUCUUUAGCGGCGGUAAGACGACGACGUCGAGCAAGAAGGCCUCGGGCAAGAAGGCCUCGGGCAAGAAGGCGGCCGAGAGCGACGACGAGGCCAGCAACGACGAGGACGAGGACGAGGAUGAUGCGGGCGGCGACUUGCUCUCGGACAUGCUGGGCACGGCGCCGGCUGCGCGCCUGCCCACGGCAGACGACGAUGGCAACGACGACGACGACGACGACGAUGACGAUGACGAGGCCAAGCACGCGUCGCUCAUGUCGAUGGUCGACGCGAUGGCCAAGGGCCCGAAGCGCAAAAUCGCGCACGCCGAGAUGACGGAGGACGUGGCGCCGUCUGCGUUCAGCAAGAAGAUUGGCGGCGCCGAGCUCACGCUGGCGUCGCUCAUGGCGUCGUCGAUGCCGUCGCUGCCCGGUGACGACGACGACGAGGAGGAGGCCAAGGACGAAGUCGUCAUGGCGUCGAGCUCGGCGGCGGCGCUCAAGCGGCAGUUUGCGCAGCUCGAAGCCGACGACAGCAAGCUCUCGGCGCCGCUCGCGCCCGUGCUCGAGGCCCGCGCGUCGCGCAAGGUCGCGUACGACGAGAAGAAGAAGGACCUCGAGGUCUUUGUACCCGUCGUCCAGCGCAACCGGCAGAAGGAGACGCUCGACUUUCGCCUGCAGGGCUCUGCGCCGGCGAACCUGACCGUGGCCGGCCUCACGACCAAGUUCAAGCCCGAGAAGCCGCUGGAAAAUGACGUGGCGGCGCUUCUGGCCACGUCCGGGUGGUCGGACAAGGCGGCGGCGGCCGACGAAGCCGCAGCGCUUGAGAUGAACGCGCUCACGACCGAGGAGGUCCAGGCGCGCCAGAAGGAACUCGCCAAGAUGCGCGUGCUCAUGUUUUACGAAGAGCAGAAGGCGCGCCGCGUCAAGAAGAUCAAGUCGAAGCUGUACCACAAGAUCCGCAACAAGCAGGACGCGAAGCGCGAGCGGUCGCAGCUCCGGGAACUCGAUCCGGAGCUCGCGGACCAGCUCGAUCUCGAAGACGCGGAGAAGCGCGCGGAAGAGCGCAUGACGCUCAAGCACAACAACACCUCCAAGUGGGUCAAGCACCAGCUCGGGCGGGGCAUUCAGGCGGAUGCGGGCACGCGCCAGGCGAUCCACGACCAGCUCCGGCGCGGCGACGAGCUCCGGCGCAAGAUGGAGACGGUGGCCAACGAAAGCGACCUGUCUUCGGACGACGACAGCGAGACGGAGAGCAACGAGACGGAGACGCAGCGGCUCCAGCGCAAGCUGGCGAAGAAGGCGUCGGCGCUCGUGAUGGAGAUCACGGCCGACGCCGGCGCGUCCAAGGCCGACGGGCUCCACGGCAUGAAGUUUAUGCAAAAGGCGGUCGAGAAGCAGCGCGAACGAGCGCUCAACGACGCCGAGAAGCUGCUCCAGGAGCUGCGCGGUGACGACUACGAUGACAACAACAACGACGACGACGACGACAACCCGGCGCCGGCCAAGAAGGCCAAGAAGCGACCAAGGUGA